AGUAGUCACUGCAACUUCGUGGUGGAGAGUUGACUAAUGAGUUAGUGAGGGGGGUUUCUCGUUGUCCUUCCAAAGGCGGAAUGAAAACAAAAUGUCGGUUGUUUUUGUGCCGAAGAAACAGCGAGGCAAAGCGCAGAUCAACCAUGAAAUAAUACAAAGGCUUUUGGAUGAAAAUGACCAGUUGGUUCGGUGUAUAACGGAAUAUCAGCAGAAGGGAAGAGCCACCGAAUGCGUGCAAUACCAGCAGAUUUUACACAGAAACCUCGUGUAUUUGGGAAAUAUUGCAGACGCCAGCCCCAGCGUGCCUCUGUCAACAAUAUCCGCACCCUGUGAAACAUCUCAGCUGUCUGCUGUGACCGUGUCUGUGGUGAAGGCAGAUCCAAAUAAUUCCAGCCCAUCAGCAGAGAAAGAAAACACGGUUACAGGAACAGGUUGAGGGAUUCCAAGCUGAAAACGUUUUGAAUUCACCUAAGAAGAGGAGUUAAGAGUGGAAUUGUUUUAUAGUAUUUUUUAUUGUUUUACUUUUUGUACAGAGUUGCAGGUUACUGCAUUAGUUAAGUUCCUUCAAGCAGCUGUCUUUUGUAGUUUUGUCCAUGAUAAACACUAUGAUUUGUACACUCAUACCAGAUGUCUUAAGUGUUAAUUUAUUACAAAAAUCUAACUCUUGUUUUGUGAGCCAGAAGAUCAUACUUUGUGCGCCAGCAAACGCAUGAAUAAUGUAAAGAAGUAAACUGCAAUAAAAUAACUUCUAAAAUGA